CGGAUGCUGGCCGGAUGCAGGUGAUGCCCGAUGUGCCAAGUAGUCUCAGCAUCAUCCGAGUCCGACCAAACGGGGUGCGGUCACGCCACACCAGUCUCCAAAUCGGAGAAAUUGCAAAAUCGGUGAGUCAAUUCAGAGCUACGAUACAACCAGGAGCCCGGUAAUUUAUUCAGACUCAACGCACACAACGCGGGCAUUGUUCUAUCUUGUAGAAAUGAGAUCGAGUCUUUGAGGCAAAGAACACAAUACCAGAGACGAACCAGAAGAGUGCUGGGCAAGCAAUAUUCAUUUAUAACGUGAGAUCUACCAGAGGGAUUGUGCUAUUCAAUAGCCUAGUGCGGUCGUAGCAAAGUCUGCUAAGUGAUUCUCCCAUUGCUCUAAGCAAUCAUGGCAUGGCCCUGUAUCACAAGGGCUUGCUGCAUUAACCGCUUCUGGAGUGAGUUAGAUAAAGCAGACAUUGCGGUGCCUUUGGUCUUUACGAAAUACUCCGAUGUGGCCGAAGUGCAGCAUGUGCACCCGCAGCGGCAACCUCGAGACCGGUCAGUCGCCAUAGAGACGCAGGCUCCCGUUGGCGAGCAGGAGUCAGCACCGAAGAGUGCCGCAUUGGGUGAUGAAGGCUCGAGCUCGUCCGUGAUGCGUCAGGACUUUAAGGCUUGGAAGGUGGUGCGCCCGGAGCGAAGCUGCAAGCCCCGCAACCAGUACCACCCUUCAGAGGCCCCUUUCAACAACGAAUCUCAGUACCAAAAGGAUUACAAGCCAUGGCCCAUCCCCAAGAAGGGCGACCACCCCUGGAUCCCCAAAGCUAGCCCUACGAAGUCUGCCUCAGACAGCGCAGUGCCCUCUGCUAAAGAGAAGGCUGUAGUGGAGGUGGACACAGGCGUGGAGAAAUGCGAGAUUGAGGAGAAACAGCAGGAGAAGGAGAAACCCAAGGAGAAGGAGAAGAAAGUGGUGAAGAAGGAGACAGAGGCAGAGAAGAGUAGUAAGCAGGAGCCAGAGGAAAAGGCUCCAGAGGGGAAAGCACCUGAGGGGAAAGGCAGGGCUGCUGCAGAUGCACUCAACAGACAGAUCAAACAGGACGGAAGCUCCUACAGGACGGAGUUCAAGGCCUACACUGACGUGAAGCCGGUGAGGCCCAUCCGAGCCAAGUCCCAGUACAAGAUGGCCACCACGGAGAAGGCCAGCCUGGAGACCAGCUACAGCGCCACCUUCAGGGGGGAGCAGGGAGUGCCGCAGGACAACAAGCAGCUGGACCGCCGCCGGAUACGCAGCCUCUACAAUGAGCCCAGGAAGGACUCCGCCAAGGUGGAGAAGUCCGGCACCCAGCAGUCCAAACCCAAAAAGAGCACCACAUCCACCAGCCACAGCAAACAGGUGAGAAAGGCCAAAGACAAGCAGAAGGACAAGGAUAAAGACAAGGAGAAGGAGAAGGAGAAGGGCAAGGAUGGGAUCCAGACGACCAAGAAGAAGAGCUCUGUGACCAGCCUCCAGUCCGACCCCGUCACUGCCCCCACCACCACCACCACCCCCACCACCACCCCCACCGCUGCCACGGUCAGCAAACAGAGCAAAGAGAUGAUCAACAGACUGGCCAACGAGGGCAAGGAGUGAUGCCACCGCACUUUUCACACACUGAUGUGGGGGGUCAGGUGAUGCUGUGGUGGGACAGAGGGAGUUCUUCUGCCCACCUCUGAGCUCUCCUGCCCUCGUCUGCCAGUUAACCCCCCCCCCCCCCCCGCCUCUCCUCUUCUCUCCUCUCCUCUCUACUCUCCUUUCCCUCCUCUUAGCUCUUCUCCUCUCCUCUCCUUUCCUCUCCUCUCUCUUCUCCUCUCCUCUCUCUUCUCCUCUCCUCUCCUUACCUCUCUCUCCUCUAGCAUCUGGGCAGAGCCAGUCCUGCCGUCUGUCACUCUGAUUGUCCUCUUCAGGCCCCCAUACCAGUGCAUUAGCCAUACUAAGUGUGUGCGUAUGUCUCUGUGCAUCUCUGCCACUGCUCUGCUCAUUCUCUUCCUGUCUGUCCAUAUCUGUCUGCGUCCCUGGAUCACUGUCUGCCUCUGAGCUCGUGCUCGGAGAGCUCCUUCCCUAUUGGAGACGUUCUGUAGAGAUUUAAAAAGACCCGGGGCGCGUCAGGACUGGAGAGUUAGUCCGGUCUCGCAGGAGACCGAGUCCACACUCGUCCCCCACAUUAGAGAGGAUAGGGUAGCUCUGCGUCUGGAUUUCUCACACUACAAAUUCACUUCGGUCACUCUAACAGAAUUGGCUACUGUUUGGUACCACCUUAGCAUAUCACUGAAACAGUCACCAGAUAAGUCACAUUGACGUGAGUCACACACCACAGAAACAGUCAGACCACUAAGGCCUCUUUAAGGUCCACUCUUUACUAGACUUACCACCAAAACAACAGUUAGGGCUCCUUAGGUAUGCCAGUUCUCACCAUUCCGCCAGUAGACCCUGCUGUAAUUAUUUAUAUGAUAAUCUAGUUAAUCUUUUUAACUGCAUGCUUACUUGAUAUAUUAUAUUAUGAUAGGAAAAGCAGCCUCACUUCAGCAAACUCGAUUUCGCCUCGUCCAUCCCAGGCUGGUCCUGACUCUGAAUCCUAGCUGGCCCUGGAUCAUAAGAACCACACCGGCCCCUUCCUGAACCUGGGCCAGCAGCAUUUCAAAGUCGGCUGCCAUCUUGGAUGUUUGAGCUUUCAAAGUGGUUAGUGCUCAAUAGAAAACACUCCAAAUUUAUGCCACUGUCACAUAGAUGAGCAUUUCAGUGCUAAAGCGAUCCAAAUCCAUUUAAAAUCAUGUUAGUCUUGAGUGAGAGCCAAACCGAGGCAUUGACUCUCUUUAAAAUGUGUUGUAUCUUGAGCUGUAUGGAUAUCUAUGUUUCUAUACUUUGGAUAAAUCUGCUUCCAGACAUCCCAUAAUACCUCGAGAUCACUUAGCUCAUCUCUGCAUGGGUGUAGCCAUCUGGUGAAAUCUGAUUUGAGGAGGAAAUUAGGAAAUGAAUCACAAUACCUCCCAACUUCACCCCCCUCCCCCAACCCUACCCAUAUGAAUGUCAGAGUGUGUCUGUUUGAGGUGAGAGAGUGGAUGUGAAUGCUCUAUCUCCAUGGCAACAUGUGUUCUUUCUCUGUCAGCUUGCUUAGCUCCGCCCCCUAGUCCUUGGUGCUGUUUCCUGGUGGGUCACACACAGGACCACUUCACGAUAGCAGCUGGAUCGGAACCGCCCCAGUCCAGUUCUGGUCAGAACCUGCUGCUAUUAGAGAUGACCCACCACCGACUGCCUUCUCUGACCCCCGCCCACCCCCUCUGUCUCCACCUUCCCACCAUGCUUUGCAGGGUCAGAGUCUUGUGCUGUCGUCAUACAGCUUAAGGCCAUCAUGCCAGAGAGCAGCUGACCCGGCUGUGAUCCGGCCCUAACCUGGGCCACACCUGUUGUCCCAGCUGCUCCGUGCCUCUCUGCUUUCCUCAUGAUGUGCUGACCAACCCCCCUCCCCUCCACUGGUGCUACCACACAUGUGCUGUUUGAGUGGUGAGGUGUGAGAAACAGGAAGUACGUGGAGAGUUAAAGGCCUGGGAAGCUUCAAUACUCACUGGUUUGCUGUACCUUGCUUGUGUUUUCAGCUUGCUAUGGAUGAAACGAUUAAAACAUUGUGAAAGCUGUGCAUAUGG